AUUCAGACGUCGCUCAUCCAAAAGUACGCCGCGCGCUCUGCGCAUUUCGGAUCUCCCGAAGGGACUUUUUGUUGGAAUAUUACCAGCGUCUCUUCAAGAAAAGGGGGAGAAAAACUAUUUUUAUCCAUCGGCUGAGGACAGAUUUCCAAUUUUUUUUGUUCAGCAAUUUCGGAACUCGCUCAAGUUUUUUUGUUUUUGUUUUUUAAUUUUAAUCACCCUUAUUACUAAGGAGCCACGUCAAACAAUGGGUCGCGCAUUUUGCUCGUAGCAAACAGACAGCGGGCGCAACAACAACAAAAAGGGUCAGGGUCGCGUUUUCCUUCCCCUCUUUUUCUUUUUUGGGUUCGAGCGUUUAAACCUGGUGUGCGGGAUGAACCUGCGGUGGAGCAGUCCGGUGCCGUGCAUCCGCACCGGGAGACCCGCCAAGCGGCUCGAGCCGGACGAGCAGCCCGCGGUCACAUGCGGCCGGCUGGGCGCCGAGCCGGGGGAGGCGCCGGGGCUCCUCUGCUCCUCGCCGGGCUCUCCGGUGACUCCCGUCCCGCUAUGCGUCCCCGCCAUCCACCAGGGACCGUCCAGGAUAGGUCCUUUCCUGCUUCUACCUCUGGCCGACCGGGAGGGCAUGCACAGCGCGCUCAACACCGAAACGGGCGAGGAGCUCGUGUGUAAGGUUUACGACAUGGGAUUCUACCAAGAGAAAAUCAGAGCCUACUGGAUCCUACCAGCCCACCAAAACGUGGCCAGCAUCAGGGACAUCAUCCUUGGCGAUCAGAAGGCCUACGUGUUCCUGGACAAGGACUUUGGGGACAUGCACACCCUGGUGAAGAGCUGCCGCAGGCUGGACGAGGAGCAGGCGUCCAAGCUCUUCCGCCAGGUGGCCUCGGCUGUGGCUCACUGCCACCAGGCAGGCAUCGUGCUGGGAGACCUCAAACUCCGCAAGUUUGUCUUCGCUGACGAGAAAAGGACCCACGUUAGACUGGAAAGCCUUGAGGACUGUCGUGUCCUGGAAGACCCGCACCAUGACUCCAUUUCUGACACCCAUGGCUGUCCUGCUUACGUCAGCCCUGAGAUCCUAAGUGGCUCUGCUCCUUACUCCGGCAAGAUGGCUGACAUGUGGAGCUUGGGGGUCAUGUUGUACACCAUGUUGGUGGGUCGAUAUCCCUUUCACGACCCGGACCCGGCCACGUUGUUUUCCAAAAUUCGCAGAGGCCAGUGUUGUUUGCCGGAGGGCUUGUCACCCAAGGCCAGAUGUCUGCUCCAGAGCCUGCUGAGGAAAGAGCCAUGGGAGAGACUCACAGCAGCCGAACUGCUCGCUCAUCCGUGGUUCCACCAGCCGCCACCCUCACAGGAAGUUGCACGGGGUGAACAGGAAGUGAGCUCGGCAGAACAGACGGUGCCAUCCUUUGACAUGGAAGAGGAUGAUGAUCCGUUCUGCUGAUGGGAGUCAGCUCACCCGAUUCUUUCUGACUGGCCAAGGGACCAAACAAAAAAUACAAACAAUGGCCAUGAGGGAUUCCUUGUUGUUGUUGUUGUUGUUAUUGUUGUUGUUGUUUUUUACAUCGGCACUUUCGAGAUCCCCAUUUGUGUACUGUUGUGUGUCUACACACCCUCAAGCUUUCUACUAAAAUGUACUGUAUUUUAUUGUCUCAUAUGUGUUACUUGCGAAGGGCAUUGUUCACAAUGGAUCAUUCAUUGUGUGUUUCUAUAUAUAUGUUUGAGAAAAAAUCAUUUGGUGCUAAAAAAAAAUCUACAACAAUUGCAAAUUUGACAGAUUAUGGUAACAAAAUCAUCUCUAUGGGGUACAAACACGGUGUCACAGGAGGUUUAUCUAUGGCAUAACGGUAGUUACUAAUGCUCGCUUUCAUCCUCGCCUCCUAAGGAUUCAGAUACUAGCAUGAGAUGAGCCAUACGAGAGAGUGAGACAGAGAAAGAGAGAGAGAGAGAGCGAGAGAGAGAGAGAGAGAGGCAAGGCGACGGAGAUGUUACUCCUCUCACAGUCUCACCAGGCCGGAGGCGCCGUUGGCUGACUCAUUGGCCGGCUGGAUGGAGACCUAACACAAGCUUGCCGUCUCACAGCGGGCAGUGAUAUGGAGUGAGGAAGAUGAGGGGGAGAAGAUUUAUGUGUCACACUCGAUGGGAAGCAGAGCGGGCUAAGGUGUCUCAUUGCCAAACUGGCAAAUCCCCAGCGAAGGGAAAGAUCUUACACGUCUCACAAUGUGUGCUGAAAGUUGAGAAUGGCAGGAUGCAAUGCUCUAAUGCUCACAGGAAAGGGAAGGAGGACAAGUGUGUUUGUUCAUAAGUGACAUGAAGCUAGCAAUGUUACUCUAAAUAGCUAUGGGGGGGGGCUAUGAUUGCUCAGCCAGUACUGCUUAAUUUUCAUCUGUUGAAUCAUCGCUAUCAGUUAAGCUACAAAACAAAAACAUCUUCAACAACAAAACAUGAACGGUAACCCCACCUUUACAAUCUGAAUACCUUGAGAAAACACCAGUGGGGGUGUUUAACCCAAAAAAAAAAGGUGCAGAGAUGUAAUCAGAAGUGCUCUUUGCAGCAGAUGACUCUCAUCUGGGGAGUGUCUAUCAUCAAUCUCUGUCUGUAACGUAGUCACAGGUAUGCCAGCGCCUGACCUUUCAAAGUAUUUUGGCUGUGAUGAAUCUGCUGAUAAAGUGGCAUCAUCCCCGCUAGUGGCGUUAGCCGCGGCCGGGUUAGCAUCUCUAUGCUAGCACUAACGAGUCUGGUUCGAGCUUCUACGGGGAAACACUUCGGCCACCUUCGUUGCUUUUGCAGCAACAGAGACGGUUUGUUUUUGUGAUGACACGUUUGAAAGAUUUAGAGUAGCAAAUGUCUCCGAGCUUGCUAGCUGCUGCAGAGAGGAGUGGUUUUAAGUGAUGCAACCUUGCAACCCCGAGAGAAUGGUGUGAGGCAGCGCGUUGUACGAGUAUUAUCUCUCAAUCCAGCAUCGUGGAUCUACUUUCCCCCACAGAAUUACAACAUGUAUCCAUUCACAUUCAUCAUUCUUAGCGGACAUGGACAUGAUGUCAUGGAACGGCGAGGACUUCUCAGUUGACCAGUCGUGAACAGGCCGACCACCGCUAGGCCGCAUGGUGCGCUGCUACCAGUGUUUCUAUCACAUACACCCAUCAGUCCCAGCCAGCCGGUAUUUUGCGUUCCUAGUCUGAGGAUGACUCAGUGUGCAAAGAAUAGACCUGACCUCGGCCCCAGGAAUCCACUCUGACUGUUUUCACCUCUUUAACGGUACAUUUUUGAAAUUCAUUUGAACUUCUGUUUGCCUUUGAGACCUGGGGGAUCCAUGGAGACUAGUCAUCUUGUCUGGUGACAAUGAUGCGCCAUGUGCAAGAAAGCUAAUCGUGUUGUGUGCCGGGUAGAUGCCGUGUUUCAGUGACGUUGGGCCAUAGAGGCUACUGUGGGUUGCGCGAGCGACUAUUUUGCUUUUUAAAACGUGGGUUCGGUGAAUGGUAAUGGUACGUACAGCUGAGAAACGCAGUGCAUUCAAAAUGUAGGUCACAAAGUAGGCUGGUAGAGAUCCAUAUACGGUACUCUGAACAUACGCUCUGGUCUGCCCGACAUGCCAUAUGGGUGGAGGUUUUGACUUUUGAGGAAAUCUCGUCAGUUUUACUGUGCCAGAUCUCGUCUAUCAGCUGCAGCAAAAUGUUGAAUGGAUUUCUGAUGAUGUUUCUAGUUCAUACAAGUGAGUCACACGUUCAUGUGACAUGUAAACUGACACGGGUGCACAAAGUUCAUAUUGCACUGUGAAUUAUGUAUUUGUGACAAAACCUCAAGGCUAAUAGUCCACAUAGGUUACACACAAAGAUAUAUUCAUUGUACAAAAUGUGUAAAUAUGUAUAUUUGAAAUGUGUGUGGAGAUGUUGAAUAAAGAUCACAUUUUUUCA